CCCCCCACCGGCCCUUCGUCCCUUCUCCCUCCUUCCCCGGGAUGCUCUAGCGGUCCGGGAUGGAAGGGCCGAGCGGGUCCAGCUUCGGGAUAGACACGAUCCUGUCCGGCGGCAGCACCGGCAGCCCCGGAGUGAUGAACGGAGACUUUCGCCCCCACGGCGACGGCCGCCCGGCGGAUUUUAGGAGCCAAGCCACGCCGUCCCCUUGCUCCGAGAUCGACACGGUGGGGACGGCGCCCUCGUCGCCCAUCUCGGUGAGCAUGGAGCAGCACCCCGAGCCGCACCUCGGGGUGGCGGAGAGCCUCCCGCCGCACCACCUGCACCUCGCCCCGCAUCCGCACCCGCCCAGCCUGCAGCCGUCGCCCCCGCAGCCGCCGCCGCCGCCUCCUCCUCCUCCUCCUUCCCAGCUGGGCUCGGCCAGCUCCGGCCCCAGGACUUCCACCUCUUCUUUUUUAAUUAAGGACAUUUUGGGCGACAGCAAACCGCUGGCGGCGUGUGCACCUUACAGUACCAGCGUCCCCUCUCCCCACCACACCCCCAAGCAGGAGGGCAGCGCGGCCCCGGAGAGCUUCAGGCCCAAACUCGAGCAGGAGGACGGAAAAGCCAAGCUCGACAAACGCGACGACACGCAAGGCGACAUCAAAUGCCACGGGACAAAGGAAGAGGGCGACCGGGAGAUCAGCAGCAGCCGGGACAGCCCGCCGGUGCGGGCCAAGAAGCCGAGGAAGGCGAGGACGGCGUUCUCCGACCACCAGCUCAACCAGCUGGAGCGCAGCUUCGAGCGGCAGAAGUACCUGAGCGUGCAGGACCGCAUGGACCUCGCCGCCGCCCUCAACCUCACCGACACGCAGGUGAAAACCUGGUACCAGAACCGCAGGACGAAGUGGAAGCGGCAGACGGCGGUGGGGCUGGAGCUGCUGGCCGAGGCCGGCAACUACUCGGCGCUGCAGCGGAUGUUCCCCUCGCCCUACUUCUACCACCCCAGCCUGCUGGGCAGCAUGGACAGCACGACGGCGGCCGCGGCGGCCGCGGCCAUGUACAGCAGCAUGUACCGGACUCCCCCCGCGCCGCACCCCCAGCUCCAGCGGCCGCUGGUGCCCCGGGUGCUGAUCCACGGGCUGGGACCCGGCGGGCAGGCGGCCCUCAACCCGCUGGGCAGCCCCAUGCCCGGCACCCCGCACCCGCGGUGAAGCGGCGCCGCCGCCCCCGCCAGCAGCCCGCGCCCCCCGUCCCGCACCGAGCGGCGGCGGCUCCUGCGAGGCGCCCGCCGAGGGAGGCGACCCGGCAGACUCUUGAACCGCCACCCCCGUAAGUCAAACGACCGCACGCGGGGGAGAGAGCGGGCAGAGCCGCGGGGCGACCCCCCCGCACCCCGAGACGGAGCGGGAGGAGGAGGCGAGGGAUUGGGAGCGGAGCCCGCCGCAGAGACUGUCGCCCGCCACGGACGGAGGGGGCGGGAGGAGAGCGCCGCGGCCCACCAGAACUUUGCACUGAUUUUUAUUUUUAUUUUUCUCAUGACCUUAUUAUUUUCUUUUUUUUCUUAUUGAAAAGUGGCAUGCUCCCUUAAUGCGGACAGAAUUGUACAGACCGAGUGCUGAGUGCUAUAUCAUAUUUAUUAUAUGUCGUCCGGAAAAAAAAGAAAAAAAAAAAAAAAAGAAAAAAAUGAUUCACUUCUAAACGUUAGUUUGAAACGAACGAACGUGGUCCUCCCCUCUGCAUUUUCAUGUCUUUUUGGAUUCAGUAAAAUAAAUGCUUAGAUGACAAAAUAUAGAUUUUUUUUUUUUUUGUGACUGAAGAAUUACAGGCAAAAAACAACAACAACAAAAAAAGAAAUAAACUUUAUCUUUUUCUAACAAACGUGGAGAUCCAAGGUAGCUAAUUUUCCCCUUGAAGAGAAUGCAAGAAAUUCGGAGUAGAAAAGGCAAAUGCCACUUUUUUCCUUCUUUUUAUUUAUUUUUUUUAAUAUAAAUCAUUUUUGGGCUCAUUGUUUCGCACCCGGCGCUGUUUUUCUCCAGCGGUAUCGUAAAGGCAAUCCCCUCCCCUGGCGGGGGCCGUGCCCCGCGCCGGGAUUUGAAGCACCUGGGAGGGAGGCGCUGGGUUUCCCGGGGAGGCGGCGGGCAGAGCUCCGGCCCCGCAGCCGCCUCCGCACCGAGCUCGGGCGGUGGGUGAGUAAGGGGGGAACGGGGCAGGGGGGUCCCGGCGGACACGGAGCCCCCGAGCCCCGCCGCCCUUUGAUCCCCGCUGCCCCCUCUCCCUCCCCCGGGGCCGCGGGGGGCGGUCGGGGCUGGGACCCUCCGCCGGGCUCCGGGGACGGCGCUGGCCCCGCUCUUUGGAGGUGAACACCCUUCUGCGAAAUUAGAAAGUUAUACAGCAAUUACCUA